UACAUCCGCGUCUUCAAGCAGACCUCGCAUGAAUAACCCCCGUCGAGUAUUUUCUCAUAAUUAUACAUCUCUUGAACAUCGUUUAAACUCUGUGCAAACGUUUCUACCACCCCACAGCCCCCACAGAUAACCCAAAGUGCCAACAUUCAAGCCUCAACUGCAUUUAACCUCAAAAAAUCCUUUACUCUGAUUGGUUGGUAAAUCUCCCGCCACCGCAUCCAUUGUGUUAUUGUAGGUACCCCUCUAGCGGAGCAUUGAAAUGCCAUGAACGCUGUGGCGGCUAAUCGAUGAGUUCUUGUCUUGUCCGCUGUCUUUGCGUUGUCGUUUGAAAGCUCAAAGCUGAAGCGGUGUUAGUGCAAGGUUACGUUGUAUGAAAACAGCCCAGCGCUGGUCGAUUUUGCUUCGUGUAUACCAGGAUAAAACCAUUUCGGGAUGGAAAAGCGUAUAGAUUUGGAAAAACGAGGAAGAAAUCCGGCAGACAUCAAAGAAUUGAAUUUGGACAAUUGCCGGAGUACCAGCAUCAUAGGGCUCACAGAUGAGUUUUGCAAUCUGGAGAGUUUAUCACUCAUCAAUGUAGGUCUAACGUCCCUCAAAGGAUUCCCCAAACUUCCAAAUUUGAAGAAAUUAGAAUUAAGUGACAACAGGAUAAACAAUGGUCUUAAUUUGUUGGAGACAAGCCCCAAGUUAACACAUCUUAACUUAAGUGGGAAUAAAAUUAAGGAUUUGACCACACUGGAACCUUUAAAAAACUUCAAGAAUCUUAAAAAUCUUGAUCUCUUUAAUAAUGAAGCUACUACUGUUGAAAACUACAGGGAGAAAAUUUUUAAAAUGAUCCCAAGCCUUAAAUAUCUUGAUGGAUUUGAUGCAGAAGACUGUGAAGCAGAGGAUAGUGAUGCUGAAGAAGAAGUCAAUGGCAAUGAUGACGAGUCUGAGGAGGAGGGAAGUUCUGAGGACGAUGAUGAGUUAGAGGACAGUGUUGGAUUAGGUGCUGUUUAUUCAGAAAAUUUAGAUGAACUUUCUGACGAGGGUGACUAUGAAGCUGGUGAGGAAGAGGAGGAAGAGGAUGGAAUUGAAGAAGAGGAAGAGGAAGAGGCUGGUGAAGAAGAAACACAAUCACCUGAUGUUUCAAGGGGUAAAAAGAGAAAAUUAGAGGAUGGUGAGGGAAAUUAAAAUGUGUUUUAAGUAGUGAUAUGAACUAAAAAUUGACCAAUGAUUGUGUCUCCAUUUUGCGAGAAGAGACGUCACCCCUGGCUGUGGUAUCAUACUUUACAAAAAAUCAGAUUACUGAUACGUCUAUAAUAAUUUACUAAAUUGAUAUUCUAAAUUUCCAAAAAUUGAAAAUGUAGUAGUUUUAUUAUAGUUGUAAAGUAUUUCCUUGUAGCAGCCAGUUGUUGUUAAUGUAAGUCAAUGAUGGAAAUAUAUUUUGUACAGGAACACUUGUUCCAAUAUAGAUUAUAUGUAUUAGUAGUUUAGUACGUUUACAUAGCUAAGUUAUUGGUUUUUUAUCUUUUGUUAUUUUUUUAACGUGGUAGUUCAAUAAACUUCAUUUAGUUUGGAAACGUUGCUGUAGACAGUUGUUACUUUUUCAAACAUUUAAUGCACUCGUCAAAUAAGAAGAACACAUAAGUGAAGUUUAUUGUUAAUAUUAAGCUAUGUUGACGUCAUUUUGUUAAUGGUAUUACAGCUAGGAGUCAUAAUAGACAUAAAACAUGAAUAUAUACAGUACAAAAUUUUUAACAUUUUAUACAUUUUAGUAUUAAUCUGCGAAAGAAAUUUUAAUAUUGUCUGUUAUGAAGCCUUCUGUAUCAAAUUUAACUUAUAUAUAGAUAUGAAUAUCAAAACUAUAUUUCUAAUUGGGGAAUUUCUUAAGCAUUAACAAAAAUGAAUUUUUUAGUAAAUAUAGUAUAUUCCUUAUUUUUUUCCACUAGUACUGCGCUGUGUCUACAUGCGGUCAUAAAAAAUAACAUGUGUAAAAAUUAACAAAUAAUUUUGUUAAGAAAGAUGCAAUGGAUUUAAUUAAAUUUGCUAGUGGAAACAAAAUAGGCAUUUUUUUUUGUAACUAGAUGAACAUCACAAAACAAUGCUCAACAAUUCCUUAAUUAUUGGUAUUUUGUUGUUACUUAUUAAAUCUAUUCUCAGAUUUUAAAAUAUAGAUCUUUCAAUGAAUUAGUGGAAUAUGCUAUAUCUUGUGUAAUGGAUAAUCUCUUGUAAUUUCAGUUAAAUACACAGUUUUAGUAUAAUUGUUUUUUUUUUUUUAACACGAAAACCGUCAGGGCUAAGUAGUGAACAAAAAAUAUAUUUCAAGUCAGUGGCAAUUUCACCUUUGCUGUUAAACAUCUGCAAAAAUAUUACUUUUUACGUGUUCUAUAGUCAGUUAAAUAUUAUUUUUUACCAGUGGAAUGAAAGUGGAAGUGGAUACACAGUUGUUGCAGUUAUUCUUCUAUUCACCGACUGUUAAUGUGGGCGUGGCCGCACCACUACAUGUGGGGACGUGGAAUGUCAUUUAAGACGCUGCAAUUUCAGUUGUCUCUCGUCUGUGUACACGUUUCAAAGUCUGCUGUGAGUGUUAUAGACCCACCAACUUGGAUGUUAGAUGACUUCAGAGUUUAUGAAUUAUUUAAGUGCUGUUUUUAAAUUGACAGAAACCCUGUGUGGCGUUGCUGUGAUGUUAAUGUAGGCAACACAACGCACACGUACUACUUCCUCUCGCCUACGAGUAGGCAACUCAAUAUGCUCACCGAACACCACUCGUGAUUGGUUAGCCUGGCGCCGACGCAGAGACCAACUGGGGACACAAGGAGGCGCGAGUACGGCAAGUACUCUCUUCUGCCGCCGACAUCGAAACGAAGAAGAUGGGUACCGUCUCCUGUUCCACGUGUAAGAUAUCCGUUUGUAAAUAAACUAUAGAGAAACCCUA